UAGACAAACAAAAGUGUCCGUCUGUGUCAUUGUGUAAACUAAUUCGUUCAAAUUUACUUACUUAAGCGUGAAUAAUAUUUUUAUAUAAUAUUAUUUUUACAAGGACCAUGGGUUCAAAAAUAGAGAUCGCUAUUUCUGGCGUAUCGGGGAGAUUUCCGCAAUGCUGCAACAUAGAAGAAUUUAAAACAGCACUUUUGGAAAACAAAGUUCUCUUGACGGAAAAUCACGAUAGAUGGCCUACUGAUCUUCUUGGUACGCCAUCCACAUUGGGAAUAGUAAAUGAUUUCGACAAAUUUGAUGCAAUCUUCUUCGCUGUUCCUCCGAAACAAGCAGAAUCCUGCGAUCCAAGAACCAGAAAACUCCUUGAAGUGGUAUACGAAUGUAUAGUUGAUUCUGGCCACAGUAUAAAUGAGGUGAAAGGAUCAAAUACAGGCUUGUUUUUGGGCGUAAUGCAAAGCUAUUUCGAACAACCUGAAGAUAGAUCUUGUAUUGGAGUGUUCAAUAGAUCGAUAGCUUUAAUGGCCAAUCAAAUUUCGUAUACUUUUGAUUUAAAAGGAACCAGUUAUGCUUUGGACACUGGAUGCUCCAGUGCUAUUUAUGGCAUUGAUCAGGCUGUUAAUUAUAUAAGAUCAGGCGUUAUGGAUUCUGCAAUAAUCUGCUCAGCCCAAACUCACUUACUUCCUUACGAAAGUGCAGAAUUCGCACAAGUUCCAGGCAUAUUAAGUUCAAAAAACAAAUGUCAACCGUUCGAUAAAAACCGAUCUGGCUACGUAAAAUCCGAAGCAGUGGUGUCAAUUUUUCUGAAAAAAUCCAAAGAUUGCAGAAGAAUUUACGCCACCAUCCAGGGCAUAGGCACAAAUGUCGAUGGCUAUAAAGAUGACGGGCUAAUGCAUCCAUCAUCGGAUAUGCAGUAUUCUCUGUUAAAAAGCGUUUACGAACGCUAUAACGUAAAUCCUAAUGAUGUGUUUUAUAUGGAAAACCAUGGAACCGGAACCUUUAUAGGCGAUCAAGUCGAAUGUAGAGCUUUGCAAAAGUUUUUCUGCGAGAAAAGAUCGACGCCCCUUCAUAUUGGUUCCGUAAAGUCUAAUGUUGGACACCCUGAAGCCGCUUCCGGUUUGGUUGGGUUGGUGAAAUUAAUUGUAGCCAUACAAAGUGGUUUUAUACCAGCUACUGUUAAUAUUGAAGAAAUCGCUGAUGAUAUUGAUGGGAUUAAAAGUGGGCAAUUACAGGUGGUACGAGAAAAUUUACCAUACGAAAAUGGAUUAUUGGCGUUAAACUCUUUUGGUUAUGGAGGCGCUAAUGCCCAUUUAAUAUUAAAACCGCAUUUAAGAAGAAAUAUCAGUUUGCCCAUUAAUCCAAGCAUUGUGCAUGUUUCUGGUAGAACCGAAGAAUCUGUGCGAAUACUGCUCUAUAAAAUUUUGGAAAACAAAAGUGACCCUGCUUUUAUUUCAUUGAUAAAUCAAGUAUUUAAGAAACCCAUAAAAAAUCACGACUACAGAGGCUUUCAAGUUUUAAGUGAUACUGAAAGUAGACAGAUUUCUCAUUUUAACUUGGAAAAAAGACCGAUAUGGUUUUGUUAUUCAGGAAUGGGUUCGCAAUGGCCAGGCAUGGCAAAAGAUAUUAUACAAAUACCAAUUUUUAGAAGUACUGUUGAAAAAUGCGCUUUAGCUCUAAAACCUUUUAAUAUAGAUUUGGUUGCCAUAAUUUUAAAUGGAACCGAAGAAACUUUUAACAACUGCAUUAACUGCUUUGUUUCUGUAGUUGCAGUUUCUGUAGGUUUAACUGAAACUUUGAGAUCGUUUGGUAUUACACCUGAUGGCAUUUUUGGCCAUUCUUUAGGUGAAAUAGUUUGUGCUUAUGCUGACAAUUUAAUAACAGCAGAAGAGGCUAUUUUAAUAGCAUACGCCAGAGGUUAUUCCACAUUUAAAGCCGAAACUUCUCCAGGUUUAAUGGCUGCUAUAGGAAUGACUUUAGAAAGUUUAAAAAACGUUUUACCUAAAGAAAUUGAAGUAGCUGCUAUUAACUCCACUGAUAAUAUAACCAUAGCAGGCCCUGAAAAAAAUAUAAAAGAAUUUGUUGAAAAAGUUUCGUCGAAAGGAAUAUUUGCAAGGAUUGUUAAUACAGGCAAUAUUGCUUUUCAUAGUUCAUAUGUAAAUAAAGCAGGUGAAAUACUUUUGGGAGAAUUAAAAAAUAUAAUUAAGGAACCAAAAUUAAGAAGCCCAAAGUGGUUGUCAACUUCUGUACCCAAAGACGAAUGGGGAAGCGAAAAGGAUAAAUAUAAUUCUGCUGAUUACCAUUGUAAUAAUUAUUUGAGUCCAGUUUUACUAAAACAAGUGUUAGACUGUGUUCCCAAAAAUGCCAUUAUUAUUGAAAUAGCUCCUAGAGGACUCUUGCAAGCCAUUUUAAGGCGUUAUUUGACUCCUGAAAUUACAAAUAUAAGCCUUUUAAGUAAUUUGCAAACAGAUAAUAUGGAUUUCUUCUUAUCAAGUUUGGGAAAAGUUUAUCUAGCAGGAGGAAAUCCUGAUUUUUCAAUGAUUCAAACUGAGCAUAAUUACCCAGUGGGUAUAAAUACAGCAUCCAUAUCACCUUUAAUUAAAUGGAACCAUCAAAUUACUUGGGCACUUCCAAAAUAUCGCUCUAAAAAAACUUUUGGACAUGUUAUAACCAUAGACUUAUCCAAGAAUGAAAAUAAAUAUUUAUUGGAUCAUAUUGUCGAUGGUAUAGGUUUAUUUCCAGCUGCUGGAUAUGCCGCAUUGGUGUGGGAGGCAUUUGCUUUUAUGCAUGGAAAAUUAAAAGAAGAUUUUGCUGUGGAAAUAAAUAACCUUAAAAUAUUAAACGGGAUUGUUUUGACCGAAAACGAUGUAUUAAAAUUUGUCGUAAAUAUCUUUAAAAAUACGGGAGAAUUCGAAAUUUUGGAAAAAAACAAAAAAGUAUCAUCUGGGUAUAUAUCAAUGUUAAGAAAUGAAGAGUUUAUACAAGCCUCUUCUGUAAAAAGUGAUGAAGAUGCUUUUAUGGCACGAGAUGAAUUUUAUAAAAUGCUUAAAAUACGUGGAUAUGGGCAUCUGAAUAAGUUUCAAGGAGUCAUGCAGUACAAUUUUACAUCAGCACAUUGUGGAAAAAUAUUGUGGCUCGAAAAAUGGAUAGCAUUUUUAGAUGCCAUAGUCACUUAUUUGGUUAUAUUUCAGAAAGAUGAUUUCUAUAUUCCAAAUAGUAUUAAAGACAUUAUUAUAAAUCCGGUUCUUCACAAGAAAUUGAUUAAUGAAAAUACAUUACUUACGGUUAAUUAUAAUAAUUAUUUUAACUCUGCUAAUUGUGGGGGAGUGGAAAUUAAACAAUGCAGUGGAAAAAACGUAAAUAAGAAAAACAAGGUUACUCCUUUAUUAAAAUCGUACACCUUUACACCCUAUGAAUUACCAGAUGUAACUGAAUUUGAAGCAAUUACAUAUGUUUUACAAACGGUCGUAGAAAAUAAUCUUAAAUCUUCCAAAAUUUGUAUCGGGGACUUUAACUACUUUAACGAUCAUGAGGUUGUUAAAUCAGCAAUUCAUCCAAGAUAUUUACCGAAUUUAUUAUUUAAUUUUGUUGAUGAUAUAACAGCACAAUCUUUAAAAAAUAUACAAUUACUUUUUCAUAAGGAAUUUUGUAGACAAAGCAUGGAACAUUUACAUAAUAUAGGUACAUUUCUUUCAAAGAAAUCGUUUAUUUUCACUAAUAUAAAAACCAAGGAGGAGGAAUGCUAUUUGGCUAAACUAAACUAUAUUAUUGUAUCAAGAUAUCUAAUAAAAGAUGAAGAAUAUGUACUAAUAAGACAAAAACAAGAAACUAAUAAAAAUACUAAAAAAAUAAUAACUAUUCAUGAUAAUAGUUUUUCUUGGUGGGAUGAAUUUAAAGCAGCCAUAAUCGAUUCUAAAACCUUGGUGUAUUUAGUGACAUCAUAUUGCAACUCUGGAAUAGUUGGGUUAUUCAAUUCAAUUAGAGAAGAAUACUGUUGUCAGAAUAUUAGGAUUUAUUAUAUAAAGGACACAAAUACAGAAGAUUUUUCCCUUAAUUCUCGAUUUUAUGAAGAAAGAAUUAAUAUGGAUCUAACUGUUAAUAUUUAUAAAAAUUGUACUUGGGGUAGUUACAGGUUUAAGAAUAUUGAAGACAUAAAUUUAAAGAACGUGAAGUAUGCGGCCUUAUCCAAAGAAAAACAACAGUUAUUGUGGCGGGAAGAAUCAUCAUUUAACAGGUCUGAACAAGAUGAAGUUCUUGUUCUUUUCGCCUUUAUACACAAGUGGCAAUUACAAACAAUAAGAACUACAAAUUUGGCGUUAGAAUAUGCAGGAGUUGAUAAAAAUGGUUCAAAGAUUAUGGGUAUUUGCCCGAAAGGAGCGUUAAAGUCAUAUGUAGACAAACAUGCUUUGCUAAGUUGGGGUAUUCCAGAAUCAUGGGACUUAUCUGUGGCUUCAUCUAUGCCUUUAGCUUUGGCAAUGACUUUUUAUGGACUUUUUAUUUGUGGGCAUUUGGUAGAAAAUAAUUCAAUAUUAAUUUAUUUUGAAAACAACUACUAUACCUUUUCUGCUAUAAAAUUUGCUUUGAAAGUUACCAGAAAUAUUUAUGUUUGCAUUGAGAAAGAUGAAGAUGUAAAUAGUUUUGUUAAUAUUUUUCCUAAAUUACGGGAUAAUAUAAUAUUAACCAAUAAAAAGGUAAUAUUGGAUGAACAAAUAAUAAAACAAACUAAAGGUAAAGGACUUGAUAUAAUAUUCAACAAAGUUUUUGGAGAAAAUACUUUAUUAAUUAAUCGGGUUACUAAAUUUGGUAAAAUUAUAAAAAUUAACUACGAAAAUGAUUUACGAGAACGUAAAAACGAUUUAAUAAUUAACCUUGAGGACCUAUUAAAUGAUAAAAACCUUGAAUAUAUCCAUAAGGAGAUCCAACUAAUUAUUAAUACAGACUUUGUAAACCCUGAGAUGCAAUCUCGCUCAGAAAUAACCCACAAAAACUUGAAUUCAUACUUCCAAAACAAUAAAGAAGAACACUCCGUUAUUGUUAAAGUAAACGAGGGCCAAAACCAUUUAGUUAAAGCAAUAGCUAAAACUUUCUUCAACUCAAAUAAAGUUUACAUAGUAAUUGGGGGUUUGGGUGGAUUCGCACUGGAAAUGGUUGACUGGAUGAUAAAAAAAGGCGCUCAAAAAAUUGUGAUUAACUCGAGAAGUCACGUAAAAGAUGGAUAUCAGGCGGCUUAUUUAAAACAAUGGGCUAAAAAAGGUGCAACAAUUAUUUUAGAUACCAACAAUGCUGCAUCUAUAGAGGGUGGUGAAGCUUUGAUGAUUACAUCAAAUAAAUUAGGUGAUAUCGGUGGAAUUUUUAACUUGGCCUUAGCUUUGGAAGACGAUUUAUCUUUUAAGCUAACAGAAGAACAAUUUUAUAGUGUGGUGGCUCCUAAAUUAUAUGUCUGCGAAAACUUGGAUAAAAUAAGCAGGAUAAAAUGCCCAAAUUUGGACUUUUUUGUUGUUUUUUCUUCAAUGGUCAGUAGUUUGGGAAAUGCUGGUCAGGCUAAUUAUGCUUUUGCCAACUCUGCUGUAGAAAUGCUUUGUGAAAAUCGAAAACAACAAAAUUUACCCGCAAUGGCAAUUCAAUGGGGACCUAUAGGAGAUGUUGGACGUGUAGCUAACAGUACCAAAAAAAUCUUGAAUGCAUCUCAUCAAAGUAUCCAAAGUUGUUUAUUGACCCUUGAUGACCUGCUACAAAAAUCUGAAACUAUAGUUUCCAGUAGUGUUUACGAAAUAAAGGAUUACACAGAAGAAAGGGAUCCUAUAACUACAGUGCUGGAUUCUAUAGGGACCUUGUUUGGAUUUAAAUCUACCGCAUGUGUCGAUAUGAAUUCUUCUUUAAUAAAUUUAGGAAUGGAUUCGAUUAUGAGCUUUGAAAUAAGAAAUAUUUUGAUGGCUGAGUUUAACAUAGAUUUCAGUUCCAGUGAUUUAAAGAAUAUGAGUUUUUCUAAAAUUAAAAACCUUCAGAGAAAAAUGUCUAGAAGAAUAUCAAGAUAUAUGUAGUUUUAUACAAUAAAAUUUUGUAAAAGUUUGCAUUUUUUGUUACUUUUUCAAUAUAUAUGUAUACAGUGUGACCCAUUUGUUAAAUUGUUAAAAUCGCACAAUAAAUAAAGAUUUUACAGGGUUGAGUCGCAAUAAAUGGGUCACACUGUAUAUAUAUAUAAUA